AUUACUUACCACCUUCUUUUUUUAAUGUUUUAUAUUACAAUUUUAAGCUCAACCAGUCCUGGAGAUGACAAUAACUUGUAGUUUUCAGCCCGUAUUUGUCUAAAAAUGUUAACUAAAUGCAAAGAAAGGUGAAUUUCCUGUUGCUUUUCCAAGUUAAACAUCUCUGUUCCUCCUUUUCUUGAGUUCGUCUCGGCUAUUCAUGGACGCACAGAUGGCACCAUCCUACAGGCCCAUUAUGCUCACAGAUGAAUCUACUUAAUUGGCCUGGUUUCUGGCUGUGGGGCUGCAGAGUGGACCGGACCUGCAGGAGGAAAACAGCCUCCUAGAAAAGCUGCCUUUUCUCGCCCUUCCCGGUCUGACCUGAGCCUCGCAGCUCCACCAUCGGCUCUGACAGACUGCCUCUCCCAACUCCACCACACCACGACCCGGACUCCACUGAAAAGCCUCCCGACUCAAGCCUCCAUCCGCCAUUUUCAGCAGAUGGAAAGCAGGUAGAGCAUUAAAACCCCAAGCCCCAGGUCCCAGACAAACGCAGUGUGGAUCAUGGCUUUUUCUGGAGAGUCAGUGGAGAGUCUGGAGGAAAUUCCUGCUCAGGUGUGGAGCGGCUUGCCAGAGUAUCUGAAUCUGGGACCGUCGGCUGCAAAUCCGAGUCGCAUCGGUGUUUGGGCCACCAAAGUGAUCCCAAAGGGGAAACGGUUUGGUCCAUUUAUUGGAGAGAAGAAGAAGAGGUCACAGGUCACCAGUAAUGUUUACAUGUGGGAGGUCUAUUUCCCGGCUCGGGGAUGGAUGUGCAUCGAUGCCACAGACCCGCUGAAGGGGAACUGGCUCCGGUACGUGAACUGGGCUCGUUCCAGUGAGGAGCAGAAUCUGUUUCCACUGGAGAUCAACAGAGCCAUUUACUACAAAGUUUUGAGGCCUAUCGGGCCAGGAGAGGAGCUGCUGGUGUGGUACACAGUGGAAGACAACCCCGAGAUAACAGCUGCGCUGGAAGAAGAAAGAGCCAGCAGAAGGAGCUCACCCAGGUCGAAACGAGCUAGAAGAAAGUUGGUGGAGAAAGCCAGACAGGCUGGUUUGGGUGGAUUCAAGAAAACAAGUGGAACCAAAACUACUGUCAGGGAAAUGUGGGAAGGGGAAGAAGGUGAUAAGGAGGAGGGUGAGAGACCAUCAGGGACCUCUCAGGAACUCCAUGAAGCCCGUCCUUUAGGAAGCACCAACCACAAGCAUUUGCAGGACACGUCCGCAUCAGGGGUGGACAGGGGAAACUAUGAGGAAGAUGAAGAAGAAGAAGAGGACGAGGAAGAAGAGAAUGGCGAUGACGGUUGUGAAAUGCAGCACCAAACCUCAAAGCAAUUAUCCGAGCAGUCGAGCUCGUUGCUAUCUGGCAGUGGAGAAAGCCAUAAGGAUCCACAGGAGAACCCCCUGCUAGCUCAGCGGGGUGGAGACCCUGAGCAGGAUCCCGACGGGGAGCUGGAGGAAGACCUCCAAGGAGAAUCCUAUCCCUGCGACCACUGUGAGCGCCACUUCUCCUCCAGACAGGGUCUGGAGCGCCAUAUACACGUUCAUGGCAUCAGCAACCAACAAGCACAAGUGUUUAAGUGCCGAUACUGCAAUAAGCCUUUCAGCUCACAAGUUGGGCGCCGGCGGCAUGAAAGACGGCAUGAAAACGGCUCCAAGAAGAUGCCCGGCUCCCUGGCUGGAGUUGGCGGCCUCCUCAGUCCUGCAGGGCAGACUGAUUCAAGUCCUGACUGCACCAGUCCAACCAGUCAGCUCAUAGCCAUAGGGUCCCAGUUUGACAUGCAGAGGAAAGAGUUGGGACCCCACACCGAUCGUCCGUCGAUGUUUGAUGAGAACGGGGAGUCAAAGGAGCUUCAUCCCUGCAAGUACUGCAACAAAGCUUUCGGCACCCACACCAACAUGCGCAGGCACCAACGCAGAAUACAUGAGCGCCACCUGUUGCCGAAGGGAGUUCGUAGGAAAGGCAUGCUGCUGCAGGAGGCGUCAGCGCAGCAGCCCGGCGAGUCCCCGAGUGCCAGCCCUCCUCUGGUCUACAUGCCCAGUGCCGACACGGAGGACGAGGCAGACAGAGACGAUUACGUCAUCGACAUAUCCAAAAACAUCUCGGAGAACCUCAGCUUCUACAUUGAUGGCAAGAUUGUGUCAACGAGCACGGCAAGCAGCUGUGAGGUGAUAGAAGUGGACACGAGGUCGGCGGCUUUGUUUGGCCUGGACACGGUCAUCAUCAGCCCAAAUCAGAUUAGUCAAGCACUGAAGGUGGAGGCGAGAACGAACGCCACAAAGCCCAUCACCAGUAAUGAGCAGCCUGCAGCAAAAAGAAGAACAUCAACUCCUCCCCUCGUCACCAGCCUGAAAGUUGAGACGGAAACUGCUCCUUCGCCUUCAUCCUCCACGUCGUCCUCAUCCAACCUGUUGGUAGGAGGACUUUUCCAGCAGGAUUCAUCAACACUUCAGAGGGAGAAAACCAUUUAUCUCUCCCCUAAACUCAAACAGCUCCUUCAGACGCAAGACUUCCAAAAAUCAACAAUAGCCCUCAUUACCGAGAGCCACAGACUGGCCACACUUCCAGGCGCUUCAGGAAAGUACAAAAGGAGGACCGGUUCUCCGCCUUCAUCCCCACAGCUCAGUCCGACUGUCAAAACUGAAAGCUGUAAAGCAGAAGCAGCGAGCGGAAACGCCCUCAAGGUGCCAAAGCUGGAAAGCCAUAGUGUGCCGCCUCCUGAAUGCCUCCUAGAUGAGGAAGAUGAGGAUUCUCCAAGCUCCUCCGGAAGCCACGCCUCCUCCAGCGGCGGGGGGAGUUCCUGCAACCAGCAGCCCUUGGAUCUGUCCAGCUCUGUCUGCAAGCGAAGCGACGGCCCAAACCAGGCGACUGGAGACUCGGCUCUGGAUUUAAGUGUAAACCGGAAAGUCACCACAGAACCCGAUUUAAAAGGUGGGCCAGCGCCACAGCCGCCGGUAAAGAAGAAAAAGCCAAACACGAGCAUGUUGGAAAAGGUACUAAUGAACGAGUACGUUGGUCUAACGUUGCCAGGAGAAGAGGGGCCUUCAACCCUGACAACCCUAAGUUGUUUUCGUACUCAGUCGCCAAAUGUUGCAUCGGAUUCUGCUCACCCGUCUCCACCCUCCCUGACUCCAGUCACAAUAAACCCCUCCUCACCCAGCUCUUCUAGCGUAACGUCUCCGACGCCACCUCCUCCCAUUCUGCCCACUAUACCGUCUCCUCCGACGCUCCCCGGCUCGCCGCAGCCUUCGGAUUCGCCCCUCCCGGUCCUCUCGCCAAAAAUGUCUCCAAAAGCUGAUGAACCCAAGCAUCUGUCAGAUUCUAUUGAAAACUUCUCAUCGGAGGAAAACAAGGAUGAAGAGGAGAGUUACAUUUCUGAGCCACAAGAUUACCCAAGCACUCCACUCCAAAGUCCCCCCAAUCAGUCGGCAGCAUCAAGUCCACUUGGACCUAAAACAGAAGAUCUGGCUAAAAAUGUUGAUGUUUCUUUUUCUGCAGUAUGUAACAGUCUAACAAACGGCAGCUUAACCCAGGUUGAAGAAACAGAAAUAUCUUUGAAAGCCGAUUUUGCUGCUCUUUCCCCUCAACCAGAAUUGCCGUCAUCUUCCAAAUCUCCUCCUGUUGCAUCAAACAGGUCGUCUCCAUCAGCUGCUUUGCAAUCUCCCCCACAGAUUAAAGUGAAAGAAGAGCCUCUUCACUGUGAAGACGACUUGUCUGCUGUAAACCACUCACCUCACGACUCCUCGCUUCCGCCUGCUGCUCUUGAUAAACUGUCCACUGAAAUCCGGGAGGCAGAGGAAGCGGACUCCACAUACUGCAAGACCUUCGUGUGCAAUGUGUGCGAGGAGCCGUUCGACUCCAUCAAAGAGCUCAGCGGCCACAUCACAGAUCACGCUGCUGACUGGCCCUUCAAAUGCGAAUUUUGCGUCCAGCUGUUUGGUGACGAGGCGGCCGUUCUGGCCCACCGCACGGCGCUGCAUGGGGUGGGUCGCAUCUUCCUGUGCUCCGUCUGUUCCAAAGAGUUUGCCUUUCUCUGUAACCUCCAGCAGCACCAAAAGGACCUUCACCCCAACGAGUCAUGCACACAUACUACUGUAGAGAGCGGCAAGCUGAGGCCGCAGAAUUACACUGACCCGUCCAGAGCCAAAGAGGAGAGCGCUCCCUCGACACCAGUGCCAGGAACGCCCAAUAAAAAUGACGUGUCGGCGAAAGAGGAGGCCGAUGUGAAUGGGAAUAACACAGAGGACCCCAACGAGGAGCUGUACACUACAAUAAAGAUCAUGGCUUCCGAGGGAGCGAAGCCUAAAGGUCCAGACGUUCGACUUGGCAUCAAUCAACACUAUCCCAGUUUCAAACCACCACCUUUCCCCUACCACAGCCGCUCUCACACUGGUUCUGUGGCCUCUGCUACAAACUUCACCACCCACAACAUACCGCAAACCUUCACCACUGCCAUCCGCUGCACCAAAUGUGGCAACAGCUUUGACAACAUGCCCGAGCUGCACAAGCACAUACUGGUGUGUGCCAACGCCAGCGACAAGAAGCGUUAUACUCCCAAGAAAAACCCGAUUCCCCUAAAGCAAAUUGUGAAGAGCCCCAAUGGCAUGGUGUUGCCCACCACAACAGCUGAGGCUGCACCGGAGGCCGCCGCCGUCGCAGGUCAGAGUGCGUUCCGUCGGAUGGGUCAUCCAAAGAAACUCAACUUCAAUCAGGAAACUGCUAAAACGAAAAUGAGCGCCCUGAGUAAGAAAAAGAACCAGCUGGUCCAGAAGGCGAUCUCACAGAAACAUAGAACCGUCAGUACUGCAAAGAAGGUGGUGGUCAAAUCUGAAGACGUGCCGCUGUCCAACGUCUGCCCCCACUGCAGCCGGGAGUUCACCUACACGGCUAGUCUGCAUAAACACAUGGUCAUCAGCUGCCCCAUGAAACCUGCCGUCACUAAAAAGGGCAAGAAAGGGUUGGCAGAGGUGAAAAAAGAGGCUGUUUCUUUAGUGGAUAAGAACACAAAUAGGAAGAGACUUCCAGAAGACGAUGUGCAGACAGAGUCACAAACUAGACCUGCGGGAAAGAGAAGAGCGCGAAGUUUAACUGCAGCAGAGCCUGAAUCCACUGAGGUGAGCAAAGGAAAGCCUCCUUCUGCAGUGGGUCGAUUAAAAAGGCCUGCCGCGCUCUCCGCACCUAUUUCCGCCCGCAAAAAACCCAAAAAGGGCCAAGCUGCUGCUCUACCUCCCCCUCCGCCUCCUCCUGACACUCCCAGUGACACAGCCCAACGGCCAACCAUGAGAACGCAGCGUACGGGCAAAAAGCCAGCGACUAAGAGAUCAGCAGUGGUCAAACCGCCACCAACAGCGCUGCCAGCACAGCUGAAGAAAGAGGAGCGUGUCUCGCUCAGAAAGAGGGACCGAGCCGGGGGUCCGGUCACCAGGAGCUCACAGAUGGCCAACGCUGCUCCUCCUGCUGAGGUGAAGACUGAGGAGCAACCGCUGCAAGAGACGAAAGACCCCCAGGUAAACGAUGUCACGUUAGUAUGUUUAUGUAGAGCAGGCUUAAAUAUAUCAGCAGAAGUCACCAAGAUGUUAUAUUUGUUCUUUGGGUUUUGGCUAUUGGUAUAGUAUGUCCUUUAAUGAACAACGUACUUUGGCUUCUGUUACUAUGAGCCGUCCGCUGACAUAUUUAAGCCACUGCCCUACAUUUAUAUUGAAAUAUUGACUUCAUUUUUUUUUCACAUAAAGCCUUUACGUAAGUAACCCUUCCUUGUUCGUCUCAGGUGUAGUAGGUUGACUUCACAACAGUCACACUCAGGUUCACAGUAUUUAUUAUAACGAGAGAAAAUCAAGUUUGUGUUUAAAAUCAGUCUAUCAUCUUCUGCCCCACGAUUGCAGACGGCAACAGAAAAAAAGGGGGCUAACUGUGAUUAUGUAGUGGUUUUUAACAAAAUUUACAUAAUUAUUCCACAUAACUAAUUUCAUCUUUAACAUAAAUUACAAUGAAUAUAUAUUUUUAGUACAGGAAAUAAAAUCACACAUGGAACAUUGAAAAACUAACACACAAUUGAUAACUGAAACUUUAUAUCAAAAAUGUAAACAUUCAUAACAGAACAAGCAAGUUUCUGUCCUUAUGCAUUAAAUAAAAUACAAUAAAUGACCCUAAACAAACUGCAGAGCAAUAGCAGUUAACCUCAACCAGAAUUGCCGUCUAAAACACCACACCAUUAAUUAAAACAGAUAAAAACAUA